AUGACGCUAGAUCAAGAGCAGCAGAGUGAAGCCACGACAUCCAACACUAACACAUCAAUGCAAACCGCAACGAUGGAUCAACAGCAGGACACCACUAUCGGUCUUGCCUGCACUUUGGAGGCAGAGAAGCCAGAAUCACCAACAGACAGCGACAACUCAAGUGUAUCCUCAUGUUCUUCCGAUGAAUCUGAAGAAUACCCGUCAACGUACGUGUACGGUAUGUGGCUCCGGACGAUUGUAGAGGAAGACGAAGAGGAAGAAGAGGAAGACGAAGACGAAGACGAAGACGAAGAAGAAGAAGAGCAAAAGGAAGAAGAGUGGCCACUCCCAAACCUCACCCAAGCAGAGCACAACAACACUGACAAUAUCUCGCAGAACCAAGAGCGAGAUCAAACCCUGCACGCCUUGACCCGCGCGACUCUGUCCCCUCGAUCAAGCCCCAAGUACUCCCCUUUCCCUUCCAUUCUUCCCACCCCUACAACCUCGCAAAAGAGCUUCAUCAGCGGCCCCUUCAAAAUCACCGAUUCCCGCUUCCGAGCACGUGCACCCAAUGGACCCCUGAACUCCCACCCACUCUCCGCCGCCGAGCGACGCGAAUGUCUGGGCCACGCCAAUCGUCACCAGGCAGUGCGAAAAGGUGAGUGGACGAAAAACCACUCCAUUUGUCCGAGAGUCGAGAUGGGGGCGCCUUUGGAAUUGCCCAAGUAUACUUGUGAUAAGGGAGAGGGGUGGCAGCCGAGGGAUUUGUUGGAGUUUUGUGGCAAGGCUCCGAUGAAGAAGGGAUGA